CGGCGUGCGUGGUCCUCUCGUCUCCUGGAGUUCUGGUCUGGAGGCCUCUUCAUCAGAUCAGUGGGCAGGAACCAGCAUCCCUGCACCGCCUGUAUGGAAAGAAGCCAGAAGACUGCCAGCAUCAAGUGCCUGUGCCAGCCAGCAAAGCCACUGUAUUAAGCACACUUCAGUGGGGCACUGCAUAACCAACAGCAGGGGCUGUGUGAAGCCCAGGACAUUGCUGCCUUUCUACAUGGCAUUGGCUUAGAAUCCUCUGAGUCCUAGGAAAAUUCUGAGCUAAUUACCCUAGUGUUAAGUCUGUUCAUACAGGGUGGGACUAAUGGCUGUGGCUCUGCUAGAUGACUGGUGUAAGGGGAUGGACCUGGACCCCAAGAAGGCUGUGCUCAUUGUGGGCAUUCCUGUGCAGUGCAGUGAGGCUGAGAUAAAGGAUGCUCUGAAAGAAGGCUUACCUCCUUUGUGUGCUCACAAGGUGAUAGGCAGAAUGUUCAGGAGGGAAGAUGAAGCUAAGGCAGUCUUAAUUGAACUGACUGAAGUUGUCAAUUAUACUAUGAUGCCCACUCAUAUACCAGCAGCAGGGGGGGCCUGGGAAGUGGUAGUCAAACCCCGUAGCCCAGAUGAUGAGUUUAUCAAUAAGCUGACGUACUUUCUGAGAGAUGAAGGACGGAGAAUGGUAGAUGUGGCCAAAGCCCUAGGGUUUAGCAUUGCCCCUACAGUGAGCAUGGACCUAAGGAAUUCAGACCAAGACAAACCAGAAGGCUUGAAGUCUCUGUGCAGUAGCAUGUGUUAUCAAAAAUUGAAAGUGUUUUCUGGCAGUCCCUUUCCAGGCCCAGGAGAAGAGACCUUUGAAACCUGGUUAGGGGAGGUCACUGAGAUGAUGCAGUUAUGGCAGGUGUCUGAGAAGGAGAAGAAGAGGCGUCUUCUAGAGAGCUUGCGUGGCUCUGCCCUGUCAAUUAUGCAGGCACUGUGGGCUACCAAUGACGCCCUAACUAUGGAGCAGUGCUUGAAAGCCCUAAAGCAGAUCUUUGGGAAUAAAGAAGACUAUAAGAUCUUACAGUUCAGAUUCCUUCAGUUUUCUCAGAAACCUGCAGAGAAGCUAUCUGAUUACUUGCUGCGCUUAGAGCCCCUGCUGCAGAAAGCAGUGCAGCAGAGCCCCUUGUCCGCACACAGUGUAGACUCAAUUCGCCUCAAGCAUGUCUUAUCUCGAGUCUCCCUGACCACUGGCCUUCGGGGCAAGCUGUCCCUCUUAGAUCAGCAGGGAUGCCCACCCACUUUUCUGGAGUUAAUGAAACUCACUCAAGAUGAGGAAGAGUGGGAGACUACCAUGGUAGUGAUGAAGGAGCAGCAGAAUCAGACAGAAAAGGAAAACAGGAUCAGUGAGGCAGCAACAGAUCAGGUUACCACCCAGGCAGGAUUUUUUAGGGAGAUCAGCACCCAGACCAUAGGAGAGGAAAUUACAUCAGUGAAAUGGAGGCGACUGUUAUGGACACACAGUGGUGGGGAAGAGGGGCCUAUUAGGGAAUCAGGUUUCAGGGCUGAAAAUGAUCCUGAUGAGCAGAAACCCCAUGUUGAAGCACAGGAGUCGGGAAACGAGAGAGGGGCUGGGGCUAUGAGCCACCCCAACCCCAGAGAAAUAUAGGCUCAAGAGUUCCAAGAAUUCCUUCCUCUAGCAGGCAACAGAGAUACCUUGGCAAAAUGAUGGGGCAUCCCAGACAUGGCAGGGGAAAUGAGUGGUGGUGCAGAAGGGCAAGACGGCCAGGGCCCGGGUAAGGCAUCCCACUUGCCACUCGCUAGAAGUGAUUCCAACAAGCAAAAACAGGCUCUACCUAGCUCAGUGACUACCAUAUCCCAGGCCCAUGGAGAGAACCAGAGAAAGGAAUGGGGACGUACUAUAGCCAGACUACAGGGUGAUCCAGAUCCCAAUUGGGACAGUAGUGAGUCAAAGGAUAAAGGUGGUGAGGCUUGGGGCUCUGAGCUAAGGAUGCCCAUUGGCACUGAAACAGCAUGGGGCGUAGAGGAAGCAGUCACAGGGUUGUCUUGGCCAGAGAGAACCAAUGCCUGGGGGGAAGCGCAGCAAGGCAGGGAGACAGUGCUCCGGAGAGGAGGCCGCAGGAUCCAGCCCGUCUUCAGGAUCAUCUACACUGCUCUAGGGGAGCCCCAUGAGGGCAGUACCCUUGAGUCCUUUCGUGAGUGAAACCCCUGGGUCCCUGGACCCAAAGGCUCCGGGAGGCCAGUGCCAACUCAGAGGCAGUUUCCUUCUGGACACCUUGACUGUGAGCAGGAAAAGACACCAGUGCCCAAGAAGAGCCCCAAGCUGGGGGUGUGCACCCAGCACCAUAGGAUUCAUGCUCUCAGCUGGCCUGAGAGCCUUUGAGUGUGCAGAACAGACUUUGUGUGAACAGGAGGUGGAAGAAGAGCAGCAAGAGGACUUGGGGGGGGGGGGCGAGGGUAGUUUGUUCUGCUCUCUUUUGUCCAGGGCUGCUGGAGAAUUCCAGAAAGCAAGCAGGGGAAGCCUGGUGAAUACAACUGGGCAGGCAGCUGCCAAGGCUGGCCCCAAACCCCGCCAACCUGGGAGGAUGGCCAGGCAGUGCUGCCGAGGUGCCAUCCUCCAUCUGUCACCCAUACCACAAGGGUGGAAGUUACAGAAGAGGCCAUCUCAAGGGUUCUGCCUGGCUCUCCCAACAUGGAUGCCCCCUCCCCAAUGCUAUCCUGAGGCAGGCUACUCUCUGCUUUGGAACACCUCUCUUAUCUUUCAGCCUCAUACUGACCCAGCUGUCCAACCAGUCCCUUCCCACCUUGUGUGCUUAUCCACGACCCAUUGAUCCUGUACAAAGCUGUGAGUGAGGUGUGUUAACUUGAGCAGCUGGAAGCCCUGACUACCUGGUCAGGGUCACCUCUACACCCUGGCACAUGUUGUGAGCUUCUGUGCCAGCCAAGGCCAUGCUAGCUCCUCUCCCACCAGUGUUGUGAACUCCUUGUCUGUUUUCCUGGUGUACAUCUAGACCAGCCUGCUGCUCGUUCUCCUGCAGAUGUGUGUGUUGUUACCUGAUCAGGUGCUCCCCAGAAUCCCCAGGCUCAGUCCUGGCAGCCAGUGGGAAGCAAGGACGUUGACAAGGGACUGGUCAGUGACUUUAACAUGGGACUGUGCUGUAAUGUUCCACUCCUGCUGUUACUUGUGACUAUUUUCUAGGGUUGGUGGAGUUUUGCAAGCUAUGCUCCCCAAUUCCCUGUGACGGGUCUUUGUAUACUCUAAGGCAGUACCACCCUGCAGUGGUGAUCUCUUGAGAGCAUUCCUUAAAGCAAAGGACAUUACCAGAACUUGACAAGAUUGACAUUGACCAGAUCUUGACAAGAAACAGAUCUAGGGCACCCAAGACAAUAUAUUGUAGCAAAAGGUCCUUGUGUGGGCAGGGCUUGUGGCUUUUCGUGUCCACUGAAAGUUUCU